AUCGGCCUGAUCAUGCGGUACAAGCGGCUGAAGGUCAUCAAGUCCGGCUCGCCCAUCUUCCUCACCGUUACGCUGCUCGGCUGCGCCGCCAUGUAUAUGGAGAUGGCCGCCAUCUUUCCCGUACUGGACGUGUACAGCUGUGUCGCCACCAAGUGGACUCGCCACAUGGGCUUCUGCAUCACGUACUCUGCGCUUCUCUUGAAAACUUGGCGGGUGUCCCUGACGUAUCGGGUGAAGUCGGCGCACAAGCUGAAGCUCACGGACAAGCAGCUGCUGCAGUGGCUGUUCCCGAUUCUGCUCAUUAUGAUCAUCUACCUGAGCUCGUGGACCAUCAGUGACCCUCCGAAGGCCGUCGUUGUGCGGGACGCCGAGGGCCUCCAGUUCCGGCAGUGCGAGUUCGGUUGGUGGGACCACUCCAUAGCGGCAGGGGAGCUGCUGUUCCUCUUCUGGGGCAUCAAGGUGUGCGUCAACGUGCGGAAUGCGCAGACGCUGUUCGACGAGGCCAAGUACAUCAGCUGGGCCAUCUACAACAUCGCCAUCGUCAACAUUACCAUGGCCAUGGUGCAUUUGCUGGUGCCGUCCGGACCGGACGUGAAGUAUCUGUGUGGCUUCGUGAGAACCCAGCUCAGCACCACCACCACCAUCGCACUCAUCCUGGCGCCCAAGUUUUACAGAAUCGCCGUCGGGCUCGGCGACGAAUACGACGCACGGGCUCAGGCCCGCGGCGCCGCCGCCUCCUUCUACCUGAACGGCAUGAGCCAGGACGAGGAGGACAUCAGCAUCUAUCGGGAGAAUGAAGAACUAAAGGAGGAGGUGCAGAAGCUGGCGGCGCAGAUCGAGUUCAUGAAGAUCGUGCACAUGGAGGCCAACAACCGUCAUCUGAAACCGCGGCGCGAGGGCUACUUCUCACAGAGCGCGCCCGGCCGGCGGAAGUCGAGCAUUGGCGCGGCGCUGCGGCUGGACGCCUACACCAGUCUGGGGCCCGACAGUCUGGCUCUCAGAGGCAACGAGGUCUGAUGGACGGCCCGCAGUCUGGCCGGAGAGAGUCUGGCGGAGCCGGCAGGCCGGGGGCGAAGUCCGUUGGAUGUGAGCACUCCACCGGACAGACAGACCGAAGUCCGUUGUGAGUGGGCCCUCCGCCGGACAGACAGCGGUCGAUGUCCUCGUGAACAUGCAGUUUCCUUGCCAGACUGAGGGAGGGGAAGGGAGCGAUGAGGCGCUGGCGCACUCGCAAGGACAAGCUGUGAUCACGAUGGUCUGGGUGGGGCGUGUCCUCUCAGGGAAGUCCGCCCGGUCGGAUGCCCCUCACCGGUCAGAACAACACGUCAACGACCUCGAGGUGGUUGGAGGGGGAGGGGGUGAUCGGCUCGCGAGAACGCCGGCUGGGGCUGACAACACUCCAGGCGCGGAGAUCCCCGCCUCGGGGCCGAGGGCCGCAGCAAUGUCGACCCGACCAUGGCCCGCCGGCGCGGCCCGCCCUCUGGCCGGUGCUGGGGUGGUCUGACCCUCUGACCGGUGCUGAGGUGGUCUGACCCCCUGAUCGAUGCCGAGGUAGCCUAACCAUUUGACCGGCGCCAAGGUGGCCUAACCCUGUGACCGACGGCGAGGUAGCCUAAACUUCUGACCGGUGCUGGGGUGGUCUAACCUGACCGGUGCUGGGGUGGUCUGACCCUCUGACCGGCGCUGAGUUAGCCUAACCCUCUGACCGGUGCUCGGGUGGUCUGACCCUCUGACCGACGGCGAGGUGGUCUGACCCUCUGACGGGCGCUGAGGUGAACGCCGCUGCUGACGGUGCGGGAUGGGGACCAACGGAUGCUGACUGAGACAUGCUGACUUUGAGAGACUCCGGAGUGGAGCCAGCGUUGACCUGAGUCUCACGGUGAGGUGAGAGACUGGGGCGGGGCAGUAUUUUUCCGCUAUCUGCGUCACAGGCGAGGCGCGCCGAGUCUGCCGCUAUGUGAGCAAUUUCAGGGACGGUAACCCUUCCCGUCAUGUCCUUGCGGUGCUGCCAAACGCAACGGCGAGCUGUGUGGUUUGCGCUUCAAGCGGUGUCCUGAUCUCUGCAUGACCGCGGCUUGGUCCCAGGGCGUCACACGUGGUGUUGGCUGUUGCCGUUGGCUGCGGACCACUGGGACAG